UAGAACACUGUAGGAUACAGGGAAGGUGUGUGCGGGGGUCACGUUUGAGGUGGAAAAGUUGACGGUUUAGUUCAGCACAGAGGAAGUAACCACCAAAGCUACUUAUUGAGGAGAGCGCUGCUCUGUUCCUAAACUUUAUUCAGGUUGAAUGCGGGACAGGACCGUGUUAUACUCAACUGAAGUUUUUUGGGGGGGCAUCCCACUUUUUUUGGAGGAGAGUUUCCCUUCAUGUUUUUGUUUGUUAUUGUCUAUCAAAAACAAAUUAGGCUACUGUGCAUUUGCAUUUGAAUUUUAAGAGGUGCAGCUUCCUCUGACGACGAUCACUGAUUAUCACUUGAACAGGGGAGACACAAAAGCUCUCCACCAACUAUGGAAACAGAGGCAACUGAUGGACAUUCUGCAAGUAAUGGAGACUGCUCUCCCAGGAAGACAGAGAACUCUAGAAUGUUGGUGGACCUGUCGGCUAACACACCCAAUGCACAGCAGCCCCAGGGUCCUUAUUCACCAACUGAACACACCAUCAAACAAGAAGAAGAGACAGAAGAUGAAAGGGACAGGAGGACCACAGCUGAGGAUAUGGGACAAAGUGGGGAAGAGGAAUCGGGAUUGGAAGAGCCCAUGAUUGACAGCCCAAACAACCUACAGGAUGGGAUCCCUGGGUCCGAUGGGUCUUGUGACCCAGGAACUCGGCUGCCCAAUGGUGAUAGGCCGUUCCAGUGUAACCAGUGUGGUGUGUCGUUCACUCAGAAGGGCAAUCUGUUGAGACACAUCAAACUGCACACGGGGGAGAAGCCCUUCAAAUGCCCCUUCUGCAGCUACGCCUGCCGCCGUCGUGACGCACUCACAGGCCACCUACGCACACACUCAGUGGGUAAACCACACAAGUGUGACUACUGUGGGCGGAGCUACAAACAGAGGACAUCAUUGGAGGAGCAUAAAGAGCGCUGCCAUAACUACCUUGAGAGUGCUGGCAUGGAUCCCACCUCCGUCACUGGGCCUUAUCCAGGUGAGGUCCCUAAAGAGCAGAGGCCCCUGGCGGAGGCCGCUGCCAUGGCAACAUCAAACCGGCCACCUGUCAUUGAGAAACUGCAGAGUAAUGUAGGGAAGAGGAAGAGUACCACUCCACAGAAGUUUGUGGGUGAGAAGAUGAUGCGUUACAGUUACCCGGAGCUGAGCUAUGAGAUGGGUCUGAAGUAUGAGAAGGAGGCAGAGCUGAUGCAGGCUCACAUGAUGGACCAGGCUAUCAACAACGCCAUCUCUUACCUGGGCUCUGACUCCCUGAGACCCCUUGUCCACCAUCCCCACCCCCAUGGUCCCCACGGUCCACAGCCGUCUCUUUCUAUGGCCGAGGUGGUACCCAUGGUCAACCCCCUCUUCCACCACGUCUACCCUCUGGGGUCAGGGCUGCGUAUGGACCGACCAGGUGGCCGCGAUGCCCCACCUCAUCCUUCACCUCUGCCCCCUCCUCCCCCUGACUUCCAUCCUUCCUCCAACGGGCCCAUCGCCCUCACCAGACCCAAGCAGCAGCACCCCCAGGGUACCAGAGAGGAAAAAGAGUCUCCUAGCAACAGUGGGCUGGACUCGGCCGACUCUGCCCGGAGCAGCCCACAGGAUAAGCUGGGUUACCACUGGAACAACCCCCACCACCGUCCCAGAUCCAGCCCAGCAUAUGGCGGCAGAGAGGAUGGGCGAGGCGGGGCUGAGGUGGCCCAGGGAGGGGCGUCAGAGAGGCCUAUAAGUCGGGAAGGGGUGCGUGUGUUUGGGCGAGAGGGGCGGAAGAUGAGGGUGUUCCAGUGUGAACACUGCCGCAUUCUCUUCCUGGACCACGUCAUGUACACCAUCCACAUGGGUUGUCAUGGUUACAGGGACCCGCUGGAGUGCAACAUCUGUGGCCACCGCAGUAAGGACCGCUAUGAAUUCUCAUCUCACAUCAUCCGUGGGGAACACACCUUUAAUUAGAGCGGUGGACUGGACAGGAGCCACCACUGGUCCCCGCCCCAUCCCACCUCAGGACAGUAAUGUUGAACUAACUGUGUGUGGUCAAUGCAACCAACCAGGAGAGAGAGAACUAACCAACAUUUGUUGCAGCAUAAUGAUACUAGCUUUAUAUCAUUCCAAACAAAUAUAUGAAGGUCUGGGCCAAAUACACAUUUGAAUUGUGCAAGGUGUUUUGAAGAAUUUGAGGUUGAGAUAUGUAUCUCAAGUGAGGGAUUUUUUUGGGGAGUGAAGAAGAUCACAAAGAAGUAGUACACCUAGACAGUUUUGUCAUAGUGUGUCUCAGAUUGUCACAGAGCAGCUAAUACUGUGAGUAGUUCUAUUAUAGUUUAUCACUGUUCCUUUCUUUCUGAAUAAUGUACAUUUGGACUUGUUCGUUGCCACAUAGACUGCCAUGUAAGGUCUCAACUUAUCAAGGGGACUUUCCCUGACCCUACCAACUGAACCAUACUUUAGAAUAUAAUAUUCUUUCUUGCAUGAUUUCUUGCAACAGACUGUAUAUCUUCUCUGUCUUUCUAACUGCUAACUGCACAGGCGUGUUGUCACACUAGCCACAUUAAAGAAUGACAUUUUCUGCAGAGGGAAAGAGAGUAGUGAGAGAGAAAGAGAGAGGGUGAGAAAGAAAAGGAGAGAGACAAAAAAGGGAAAUAUGGAAGAAAGUGAGGGAGAGGGAGAAAGAGAUGAGAGAGAGACACAGAG